UAUUCUGGAGGAGGGUCGGGGAGCGGGAAUCCCAGACAGAGCAAGCAAAAUAUUUCAAAGCCCCAGAGACAGACAAGCGAGAGCGCGCCCGGUGACUGACUGAUGGCUUCGCUGUACCAGAGGUUCACCGGCAAGAUCAACACCUCCCGGUCCUUUCCAGCGCCCCCGGAGGCGAGCCACCUCCUGGGCGGCCAGGGGCCGGAGGAGGACGGCGGCGCCGCGGCGAAGCCCCCCGGCCCGCAGGUGCAGGCGGCGGCGUCCCGGGAGCGCGGCGCGGCCGGCCGGCCCCGGUUCCAGUACCAGGCGCGGAGCGACGGUGACGAGGAGGACGAGCUGGUGGGGAGCAAUCCUCCACAGAGGAACUGGAAAGGAAUCGCAAUCGCACUUCUCGUGAUCCUUGUCAUCUGCUCCCUGAUCGUGACCUCCGUCAUCCUGCUGACGCCAGCGGAGGAUAACAGUCUGUCGCAGAAGAAGAAGGUCACGGUGGAGGACCUCUUCAGUGAAGAUUUCAAGAUCCACGAUCCUGAGGCCAAGUGGAUAAGCGAUAAAGAAUUCAUCUACAGAGAAAAGAGAGGAAAUGUGAUACUGCAGAAUGUUGAAACAAAUAUUUCUACUGUGUUAAUAGAAGGCAAAAAAAUUGAAUCAUUAAGAGCCGUCCGAUAUGAAAUAUCUCCAGAUAAGGAGUAUGCCCUUUUCUCAUAUAACGUGGGACCGAUCUAUCAACACUCCUACACAGGAUACUACGUCCUCAGCAAACUUCCUCAUGGGGAUCCUCAAAGUCUGGACCCACCAGAAGUCAGCAAUGCAAAGCUUCAGUAUGCAGGAUGGGGCCCUAAAGGCCAACAGCUGAUAUUUAUCUUUGAAAACAAUAUCUACUACUGUGCACAUGUCGGAAAGCAGGCCAUUCGGGUGGUCUCCACCGGGAAGGAGGGUGUCAUUUACAAUGGCCUCAGUGACUGGCUGUAUGAAGAGGAGAUCUUGAAGACCCACAUUGCGCACUGGUGGUCUCCAGAUGGCACGAGGCUCGCCUACGCCACCAUCAACGACUCCCGCGUCCCACUCAUGGAGCUCCCCACCUACACGGGCUCUGUCUACCCCACAGUGAAGCCCUACCACUACCCCAAGGCCGGCUCCGAAAACCCCAGCAUUUCCCUGCACGUGAUUGGCUUGAACGGACCCACCCAUGAUCUGGAAAUGAUGCCACCUGAUGACCCACGCAUGAGGGAGUAUUACAUCACCAUGGUGAAGUGGGCCACCAGUACCAAAGUCGCUGUGACCUGGCUGAACCGGGCACAGAACGUGUCCAUCCUGACGCUCUGCGAUGCCACCACAGGGGUCUGCACAAAGAAACACGAGGAUGAAAGUGAAGCUUGGCUCCACAGACAGAAUGAAGAGCCUGUCUUCUCCAAGGAUGGCCGGAAGUUUUUCUUUGUGAGAGCCAUUCCCCAGGGAGGCCGAGGAAAAUUCUAUCACAUCACUGUGUCGUCUUCCCAGCCCAACAGCAGUAAUGACAACAUCCAAUCCAUCACUUCCGGGGACUGGGACGUGACCAAGAUCCUGUCCUAUGAUGAGAAGCGGAAUAAGAUCUACUUCUUGAGUACGGAGGACCUGCCUCGGAGAAGACAGCUCUACAGCGCCAACACAGUGGGCAACUUCAACAGGCAGUGCCUCUCUUGCGACCUGCUUGAGAACUGCACUUACUUCAGCGCUUCCUUCAGCCACAGCUCAGACUUCUUUCUGCUCAAGUGUGAGGGUCCUGGAGUUCCAACUGUGACGGUGCACAACACAACAGACAAGAAAAAAAUCUUUGACCUGGAAACAAAUGAACAUGUGCAGAAGGCCAUAAGUGACCGACAGAUGCCUAUAAUAGAAUACCGGAAGAUUGAGAUUGACGACUACAGCUUGCCAAUGCAGAUCCUGAAACCAGCAACCUUCACAGACACUACCCACUACCCUUUGCUCCUCGUGGUCGAUGGGACCCCAGGGAGCCAGAGUGUGGUGGAGAAGUUUGAGGUGACCUGGGAAACAGUUCUGGUGAGCAGCCACGGGGCCUUGGUGGUCAAGUGCGAUGGCCGAGGCAGUGGCUUCCAAGGAACCAAGCUCCUGCAUGAAGUGAGGAGGCGGCUGGGCUCUCUGGAAGAGAAGGACCAAAUGGAGGCUGUGAGGACCAUGCUGAAAGAACAGUACGUUGAUAAAACACGUGUUGCUGUAUUUGGGAAGGAUUACGGUGGGUACCUGAGCACUUACAUCCUCCCAGCAAAGAGUGAAAAUCAAGGUCAGACCUUCACCUGUGGCUCUGCUGUUUCUCCAAUCACAGACUUCAAACUCUAUGCCUCUGCGUUUUCUGAGCGAUAUUUGGGCCUCCAUGGACUCGACAACAGAGCAUAUGAGAUGACCAAGGUGGCACACCGAGUGUCGGCACUGGAGGGACAGCAGUUUCUGCUCAUUCAUGCCACUGCUGAUGAAAAAAUCCAUUUCCAGCACACAGCAGAACUCAUUACACAGCUAAUUAAGGCAAAGGCUAAUUACAGCUUACAGAUAUACCCAGAUGAAAGCCAUUACUUUCACAGCACAUUCCUCAAGCAGCAUCUAUACCGGUCCAUUAUCAACUUCUUCGUGGAAUGCUUCAGGAUUCAGGACAAGCUACCCACUGUCACAACAAAAGAAGAUGAAGAGGAGGACUAAUUACAAGUCAGCCGGAAGCACAGAUGUGGUUCUUUCUACAACUAUAUGCAACUGAGGAAUGUCCCCGCCCUGUCUCUUCCCUUCAAGGGUGGGGUGGGGACAGAGGUGUUCAUGUCCCAUAGCAUGCGUGUCUCAGAUAAGGAAGGCGGCUUUGCUUGGGAAACAAGCUCCUUCCCAGGUGGAGAUGCGCCAUGGUUCGUGAUGGCCUCCACACUGCCUGGAACAUUCCACAUCAGCAGCAUUGCCUCCUCCUGGCCAUACUGCAGCUGGCACAUCCCAUAGCCCCUUCCCCAAGGAACAAAGAAAGGACAGAUGGCAGCGAAGUCCCACUUUGGGCCCACAUGGAACUGGCCCUUAAAUUCAAGCUAUCAAACAGUAGCAUUAAGACCCACCCUCUACAUUAGAGUACUGUGUUCACGUCUUCAGCAUUACAUCCUGUCUGAUAUAACUGUGCCAAGGAAACAAUCAUAGCACAAUUAACAGUGUGUGUCCCUAAAUUGGCUCGCUCCUUUCUAUACUUAGGAGAUUUGACCUUGUAAGGGGCUGCCCCAAGAAGACAGACCCUUUUCUGUACAAAGUAUCAUCAUAACAACACUAACAGUUAACCUUAUAAAUUCAUUCUUAUUUCUGGGUUUUUUUUUUUUAACUUGACAUUCCAUUGUCUCUGGUCAUGGGGUUUGGGGUUUUUGGUGGCUUGUUUAUUUGUUUGCAGGUUGGUGGGUUUUGUUUUGAUUUGGUUUGCUUUCUUUUCUUCAAUGAACUUUGCACCUGUUUGGAUAAAGGAAUAGACCAGAAAUAACUAUUGUUUCCCCAAGGUUGCCUUCAGGCUUUGUGGAGACCUUACACACACUUAAGAAGGAGACACUCAAUAGGAUUCAGGAAAAGAAAACAUAAUCAGAGCUCUCUACAUUGGGAUUUGGCUGUAUAUUUCCCAUAGUCUACUUACGCGUAUUCUUUAGUCUUUUCAGGUGACACUUUUUUUUAAAAGCGUGGAUUCCACCCAGCCCCCUCCAGGUCUGCUGUGUAUGCUCAGGUCACUGGUGUCCUGAAGGAAAGUAAGGGACCAUGUCUGUCUCCAGUUGUGGGGAUGGCUUAUUUACCCUCCUGCCACUAGCAACAAGGCUUGUGUUCUUCUGCGCUAGCUUUGUGAGAUACACGCUGACCAAAUGUACAGCCAGUGUUCCCAGUGUAUAUUUCAUUUUGUUGUAUAUAAAGAAAGGAAUGUGUGUCCAGCAUUUGUGCAGUUGCCCGCCACCUCCCACAGCACUAACCUUGUGUUGAGCUUGCAUGCGGACACUCUUUGGCUGAUCUGGACUCUCUAGAAGUGCUAGUUUGAACAUAUAUCAAUUACUGUCAUUUCCUUUUGAGCUUGUUGACAACCUGAAUGUCGGUACUGGUUUCUCCAGCUCCUGUCCUGCUGGGAGUGUCCCUCACAUCCUGUCUGCAGAGGAAAUGUGUCCAUGUUGCUUUUUUUGGUGUUUUGGGGGUUUUUGGUUUCAUCCAUUUGAGCUUUGAAUGUCAGUUGUACUAGGGUUGGUUGGAAGAUCUCCAUUCUAGGACAUUAAAGGGGAUGCCUCACUAUUUGCAAAAAGAAUCAACGCACCGACAAGCACGACCGACCUGAAUGCUACCUGAUCAUGCUUUUGCUGUUUCAACGGGCUUGACUUACUACAGAGCCAAUUAGUUCAGAAAGGGGAAGCCAGCUCUGGGCACAAGAUCUGGUCAAAGGGAAGUGGGAUGUGGCAUGGUAGCAUUUGUUCAUCCAUGGAAUAAAACAUUAUUUUAC